AUGAACAUGCAAGAAGACUCAGAUUACGAAUAUGAAAGGAAAUAUUCGUACCCAUCACCGGAAGAGGCGAUGAAGCCUUACGUCUGGGAGGGGUGGCAGACCUACGACCACGAAGAGUCCGAGGAUUCUAACCAUCAAAGUGCGGACCCAACCCUUGUAGAGCCUCGUGAUGAGGCCUAUGAGGCUGAGGAGGAUCCUUUACUUGAAGGUGAUCCCAACGAUGAUGGAGAUCCCCCCUCUGAGGCAACGGAGGAGACCAACAAUGGCUUUUUUGAUCUCGAGUCCAUAUUUCAGAGAAUGGACCAGAUUGGCCUAGAGGGAAUCGACAAAUUGCACCAACUUGAUCACGACGAAGCGAUCAGGCAGCUUGUCUCUGACAUCGUGUCGCCAAUCGAGGGGGACGCACUGUUUAUGAGUGCUGAGAGGAUAGAGGCCGCUCUCAAGCAUGUACCUGAAAAUCAGGAAUUAGAGAAUGCCAUCGCGAGCGACCCUGAGAUCCUACAAUCUAUUGAACGUUAUAGGAAACAUUUUGGCGAUGUCCUGUGCAAUAUGACCGAGCUAAUGCUGGCCGCCGGGCCACGCAACAAUGUUCCCGUUGAUGUCCAGGGGUGGCUUUUACUACUGAUCGCCAAUGCAUCAAGGGAUUGCCGAGACCGAAUUACGACAGCGCUCACAAACACUUCGAUCAAUCCGGCGUGCAUACAAUACGCAAGCGGCCAAAAAUCUUGGGGACCAGAUAUGUUAGACACAGCGCCAAAAAUUGACCUUGAAGACCCCAGCGCCUGUGGUGAUGCCGUCACCGCCUACUUGAUAAUAUGCCAUCUUUCAAAACGGAAACAUUACGCAUAUUCUGGCAGCGCUACCAACACAAGCGCCGAACUGAAAGAAAUUGGCGAAACUCUGAGAAUGAAGGUGCAUUCUCGCAUCUUGGCAUUGGGUCAUGAAGAGGUCUGCCGCCGCCGACGCGUUGACGACUCGAGGGUUUUCAAAGUGCAUGAGCAUUUGUCGGCAGCAGGUUACCAGGGCUAUUCGUUUUUCCCGGCGGUGAGAAUACCUGUGGACUUGAACGACCCUAACCACCUGAUCUCAGCAACGUUGGUGCUCAUCGCAGAGGUUGUGAACAUGGUGCUUUUUGACACAUGUUCGUCUGACCCUGUUCCCCGUAUAGGGCGCACUAUGGUAUUCAUAGAUCAGACGCACAAGCUCAUGAAGCGAUUACGUCCCAAGGACUGCCCUGUGGCUCCGUGGGAGGGGAUGAACCGUGUCAUCCCCCUCCAGAUGCCCAAGGCAGUCUGGGGGCUGCUUCGGCAGGCACACCAACGUGCGCCCAUGCCCCAAUUGAUGAGUCAACUACGAACACACUUUGAGGAAACGCGAAAUCGGAAAGAUGUGUGUACCCUGAAAAGGCUGUAUGCCACUAUCCUCAACGAGAAUGGGUUAACAUACAAAAACGCGUAUCAGGAAUUCUUAUACAUGCGCUGUGUUCUUUGGCACUCCAUGAUUGUAGUCGCCGAAAAGGGGCUUGUAUCGUUCCAAGAUGUGUUAUUCCCAAUGAUAUGGGACACACUCCGAGGUAUUUUAGAUGGAGUUCCCACAAAAUAUGCUUAUUCAAAAGCAAGACAUUAUUUGCCACCGCCCAUCCGAACCAGGAUCCAAGAUAUUUGCAAGUACAUGCUGAUACAAAACAACAAUUCCAUUGUCCGCAGUGAGACAGUCGUGAGAACGAGUGAAAAGCACGUAGUCUCAAUCGAAAACCUCCAGAAACGUGUGCUUAAACAACUUGAGAAAGAUGUCAGCCUUUCCACGCGCGUGAAGGUUCGAGAAGGAAUAUGGGAAGACAUGGCAUUCCUUGAGUACGUUGCGGAUCACGUCCGUUUCACGCACAGAGAACUGCAAGAGGGUAUCUCCCCCGAAGAAGCCAAGAACUGGGGGAACCUGGAGGCGCUUCAGCCAUCGUGGGCACUCAAAAGUGCGCAAGGCCCUAACGUUGAGUAUCUUCCUGAGUCUGUCAUUGUCAACGCACUGGACCCCAUGUUACUACCGGCCCUCCCAGACACACCAAGAUAUGUCAUUGAGCAGAUGAACUUUCUCCAAGACAAGCAAGCAGAAUUUGAACCCUUAUCUAACUCCGAAAAUCGCCUAGGGCCAAGAUCAAAGACCAGGCCAGGAGGUACAGCUGAGCCUUUUGAUUUGGGGGAUGGCCGCGGGAUCGCACUCAGUACGAGGGUAUUCUCGAUGGAGACUGAGGAGGAUACUUCAGGAGUUGGGCAGACGGCAUCCGGUUCAGAUGUCUGGAGUGCAACCAAGAUGCACAGGCCUGUAUCCGAGGGGCCGAGGAUCCUAUUCAAUGCCUCCCUUGCUUAUCAAAGGGCAGCAAGUGUUCGGGUGUCUCCACGAGAAGUAACGUCGACCCUGAAGAAACCGAAGCCAACUGCCCGAGAUGCUGGGGGUCCUUCGUGCUCUCAAAUCUGGCGAACCAUGUAUCGUCUUGUAAAGGCCGAUGCAGCAGUUGUGCCGAAGCAAAUUUGCCUUGUAUUCGCCUCCCCCAUGACAACCAGCAGUGCCACAAUUGCCAGAAUGCAGGCCAGGAAUGCUUAUCAUUUUCGCACGAUCACCUGUUUCCUGAAGCUAUACCGAAAACUUGCGACAAAUGUUUGGGUCCCUCAACAUCCGAAUUCCAUAAAUUUCCUGCAAAAUGCGAUCAUUGCAAGGAACAGGGGCUGGAUUGCGGCGAGUUCACGCACGAGGAAAAUCGGCGAAGGAAAAAGAAGGUCUCCUGUCCCUUAUGCCUACGCGACGACGUAUAUGCCAACCAUCAGAAAACCUGUAAAGGUAGAUGCCAAGGUUGUGUCCGCGCUGAUAUGCCCUGCGUCCGAGGACGAGGGUAUGGUGGCAAGUGCGAAGGCUGCACCACCGCCGAAGAGUGUGGGGGAUACAACCAUGAAGACAACGUCCAGACUGGCACUUGUCGAACUUGUGGGAGAGAGAUGUCCACCUUAUUACUCAAACCGCACGAAAGAGGAUGCAAGGGCAAAUACUCCCACUGUGAGGAGGCGGGAGCAGCCUGCGAGCGGCAGGGUCGAAGCGUAUCAGAGCCGUGUAAGCGGUGCGUCAGUGACGGCGUUGGCGACAGUUGUGAUGGAUGGUGGAAAAGAUGAGGCUAUGAUUUCAGUAUUAACAUGA